UCCAUCGUGGUAGGUGUGGCGGAUGGCAGAGGGUUCCAUCUUCGGCCGCCCUCCUCGGUGCUUAUUGGUCGGAGAAUCGGUACACGGGUUCUGGUUUCCAGGCUGAAACCCGUACACCGUUCUGGGUAAACGGGCGGAGCUUGCCGUUUCUCCCCGAGGACCUAGUGGGGAGAAGCCAUCGGUGCUCCUGGCAGAAGGCCGAAUCGUAAAUCAUGACCAGUCGGUCGCUCGAAGCGCAUCGUGACAAACAGCCUGAAAACCGUUGGAAAACAUUCGAGACCUCGGGAUCGAUCGCGUCUACGAGGCAAUCUAUAAUUUCGUUUCUAUCGGGCCGAUUCGUUAGCCAGGAGACGUUCGCGCGAACCGUUCCCAGUGACACGAGCCACCUGUUCGGAUCGACGAAUGGAUCUAGAGACCAACCGAUCGUGAAGUUUUAAUGUGAAACGUGCGUGGGGAAAGCCCUGAUCACCGAGUGAUAGACUUCUACCAAUCAAGAGGAACAGAUCAAAGCCUGUUUUCUCUAGAGCGAUCAUGUGCAGCAACGAGAGUCCUCCUCCGUCGAAGGAGCCGCUGGCCGUCGGUCUGGGCAAUCCAAUGGCAGGCUUUCUGCCUGGUCUCGAACACUAUCGUUUGCAAUUGUACCAUUACGCGAUGGCGGAGCGACUGAGGUUGGCUCAGCAGCUGCAUCCUCAGCAUCCAGGAGUCGGUCAUCCGCCGUCCAGUGCUUCUGCUCACUUAGGGAUGAGUCCUGGUUUCCCGGCACCGCUGCCUCUGUACCCGGCGGCGGCUGCCGCGGCGGGCUACCCGAGUAGAUUGGCUCUGUCCAUGGCUCUGUUGCAUCCUCAUCAUCAGCGAAUACCAGAGGAGCCGAAGCCUCAACACAGCUACAUAGGAUUGAUCGCCAUGGCGAUCCUGUCGUCGCCCGAGAAGAAGUUGGUGCUCUCCGACAUUUACCAGCACAUCCUCGAGCACUAUCCGUACUUCCGUACCCGCGGCCCAGGUUGGCGGAACUCCAUCAGGCACAAUCUGUCGUUGAACGACUGCUUCGUCAAGUCUGGGAGAAGCGCGAACGGGAAAGGUCAUUACUGGGCCAUCCACCCUGCCAAUCUCGAGGACUUUCGACGUGGUGAUUUCCGUAGACGCAAGGCGCAGAGGAAAGUCCGCAGGCACAUGGGGUUGGCGGUCGACGAGGAGCCCGACAGCCCCAGUCCACCUCCUUUGCCCGCCACUCCGCCUCCGCCGGCAACCCUUGGACCCGUCGCGUCGCAGCCCAUACCUGGAAUCUGGACGCCUCAUCAUCACCAUCCCCAUCAUCAGCAGCAGCAACAGCAACAGCAGGGCCAACAGCAGACGUUUCAGAGUCAAUCGCUGCGACAGUCGUCGUUUCAACCCACGAGGAAGAGACAGUUCGAUGUCGCGUCCCUGCUCGCGCCUGACGACCAACAUCAGAUAGAAUCCGAUCUCAGGCCCGUCAAGUCGAGGAGGUUCAGCUGCAGCGAGGACGAGCUCCACGAUCUCCAGGAGCCUGACCAGGACGAAGAGGACGUGGACGUGGACGUCGUCGCCGAAACGAACGCUCUCCCGUCGCCCAACACCCCGUCGGUCAGUCCCGACGCCAAAGUCAUCUCCCCCGACGGCCACUGGACCAACCAGGGUAUACAGAACACCAGCCCCCAGCUAGCAGGAUUACACAUUCACAAUCAUCUGCAAGUCAGGAGUUACUACGUGUCCGCCGCCUCGAGUACCGGAUCCAGCGUCUAAUGGCCCGUAGAACCUAGUCGUCGUGCUCCGAGUGUCCUGGAUCGUCCCCGUACCUUCGUACAGCGAGCCUAACGAGUGACGAAGCUGACGGGAAACGAGUUUCGACUUUGGACAUUCCUUUCGUUCCGAGAAAGAAACGAACUCUUCGGGGUCUAGGCUCCAAAAAGAAAGGAAGGAAGGCAGAGAAUCCUUCUGGCUGACUAGUCGUGCCAAAUAACGAGAUCGUCGAGUUCCUCCGAUAUGCCAACUUAACGUUAACCUCGGGUUUGAACAUUAGUGUAGUUGUCGUCGCACGGUGGUCAGCGUUAUCAGUCGAAUCUUAAACGCGGUCUCCUCGUGAACAUUGGUAACGAACAAUCAAUUCCCACGUCGUUUUCGCAAAGAUUCGACGUUCCGUUUCGAGUCCGGCACUCGAAUUCCAUGUACCAUUUGCAACACGUGUUAGGGAAAGAAUAUAUGUGUAUUAUAUAAAUAAAUGUAUAAGGAAUGUAUGGUAUGCUCCGAGAUUCGAGGGUAGAAUUUCACGCGUACGCUCGCUGGGAACCUGAUCCUUCUGCUCCAAUCGUUAACCUUUCGCGAUGUUGCGACGAUUCCAGAGGAAAAUGUUUCCAAGUUGGAAGCUCUCCCAAAGAAGCUCGGUUGGUCUUGUUGAAAGAAAGAAAUCUUAUCGCAAAAGGUUAACUGGUAAUGUACGCUGGCCUCGAAAGAACUCGUACCACGUCGAACGAGUAGUCGCCAAUCGUCUCGCGCGUCCAAUCGAGUUCUACCAAUGGGAACUCGAUGCGCGGCUACGCGUUUGUGGUGGGAUUACGAGUGGCACGGCCAGAAAUGUCAAAUAAAGGAGGGGGCGAUGUUUUUAUUUUUGUUUAUUUCUGUAAACGUUUUACUUUGAUAUAAACUCAAAUUUCUUAGCGAAUCGAGCAACGCCAUGUUGGUUUAGAAAUUGUGCGUCAAACGUUAUCGGUCUUCGUCGAGGUGUUGCUCGAUUUGUCAUUGCUGCCUUCUGGUGUAUUUUCUUUUAUCCAAUCGUGGCAUUCUACUCGCGAGUCUCGAGGUUCUUGUAAAUAUAGAAGAGAAGCCACGAGAUGAUGUCUCGCUCGAUACGUGAUUCCAUACUCGUUAUGGGGUUCCAAAUUGUGUGGGCAUUGCAUCAGACUGAAGCGAACUCGGCUGUUCAAAGUGUAAUAUAAAUCGUUUAAAGUUUAAUAUAGCUCAUCUUUAUUAUCAUCCGUGUAUCGUUUUGGAACGGUAUGAAAAACGUGUACGAAGGUAUAUCCCUCGCCUUGCUGUAUGUAUGUAUGUAUGUAUGUAUAUGUACCUAUAUAUACGUGCUUACGUAUAACCGAGAUGUAUCACGACGUAUAUUACACACCUCAGUGCGUAUAUGCAAAGACAGAUCGUGGUAUGGUCGCUCCGUAAGCAAAUAAGACACUGUUUUUUAAAGAUCACCUCACGCAAUGAAAAAAGAACUGUCGAACUGUCUCUCUUGAUUCUCAGCGCGGAACUGCCGCACUGGAUGCAAUUGAAGUUGAAUAAAGUUUCUGUUCCCA